GGUAACAAGAGAGUCAAACAUGGCGGACGGCACUGCGGCAGAAGUAGCUCCUCAAGAACAAGUUCCGUUGGUUCUUCCAGAAGAGAACAAUCACGGACAACCUGAGGUUCCCCAGGAAACUUCUCCCCAUGCUGAAAUUGGUCUAACAGAAAAUGUUCAGAAAAUGGUGGAGAAAGAGAAGGAGGCUGCUGAAAAACCAACAAAACCAAAAGUAGAGCUACAGUCAUUACCAACCAGAGCCUAUUUAGACCAGACAGUUGUGCCCAUCCUUCUUCAAGGUCUCUCUACCCUGUCCAAGGAAAGGCCACCUAAUCCUAUUGAAUACCUGGCUACAUACUUGCUGAAAAACAAAGAUCAGUACGAAGAAAGCUAGUGACCAUCCCUUAUAUUCAUACCAUUCUAAAUUUAUCACCUCAUAGGCAGUAAGUCACCACUGAAUGCCAUUAUUAACCUAACCGUGUAGAUGUGUUUGUAGAUAAAGUGAGAAAAGACACGAUAGAUAAAGGAAGAGAAGGGGAUUUUUACAGUCAUAUGCGAUUGUGGAAGAAGAUGCAUUUGGCAGGUUUUUACUUGAAACAAUGCUAUUUUUUUCAGUAUGUUUAUCAUUUAUAUCACAUCAUAAUAUAUUUAUCUGACUAGUUCUGAGAGAGUGAACUGUGUGAUGACAUUAGCCCCUUCUCAAGUUUUGACUAUACUCAGUGUUUCAACCAUUUGACAUUUUUGUGAUGCACCUCAUGUUUGUAUCAUACCUUUGACGCUAAAAUGAAAAGAACAUUGUAAAGUG